CCAAUCAACGCCUCCCUUCGUUCGCUUGCGGCCUCUCAUUGGCCUGAUUCUGCAGGAAGGCGGGAAGAAUGGGCAGGGCGCCGGGCUGACGCCUGGCCAAUCGCCGGACCCACCGCGAGCGCCUCUGGUUGCCCCUGGAAACCUAACAGCCGGCAACUGGAGUCAGUGGCGCUGGCGGAGCCGGAGGGAGAUGGACAGCCACUCGGAGCACACUGGGGACCCUGAGCAGGAAGACAGACAUGUGGAGAGCCUGGCCGCGCGGCUGUCCGAGAUCACGGCCAGCUCUGGCUCCCAGUCCCCGGCGGACACCGCGGAGCCGGAGCCGCAGCCGGAGACCAUAGAGGCUGCUGAGGGAGGCGUCGCCGUGGCCGAGCCGGCCGAGCCCGCCGAGCCUACAGAGCCCGCCGAGCCCCGGGAAGGGCCAGAGGCCACCGAAGCCGCGGGCAAGGAGGGGCCCGGAGAGCGGGAAUGGCCGACCGAGGCCGAGCAAGAGGAGGUGGCGGAGGCCGGACCUGAGGAGCCAGCCAAGCCGGAGUCCGAAGGCGGGCCCGAGGAACCCGAGGAACCCGAGGAGGAGGAGAGGGAGGAGGAAGCGGAGGAGAGGCGGAAGGAAGCCCCGUCGCGGAGCUCUCUGCCGCUGUCCACGACCGGCCAGGAAGAGGCUGCGACCGUCCCGGAGGCUGAGCGUGAGGGACGGGAGGAGGAGGUGAAGGAGGACGAGAGCGAGGGGAAGAGUGUGGGAGGAAGCCCGGCCAAGAGCGAGCUGGAGCUGGAGCGCCACGGUCUGGACGAGGGGCUCCAGGAGGGUCUGGAAUGGACGGAGGAGGUGCAGAAGGCGCAGGAGCGGCAGCUGCGCACUGAGCUCCUGGAGCAGUACCGCUCCCUGGUGGUGGAGCGCGGCUGCUACCAGCGCUACAACAUCUACCUGCAGCAGAAGAUCUCGGAUGCGCUGCGCAGGAAGAAGGGCCUGGACACAGCCGAGGGGGCCGACAGGGGCGCGGAGCCCGAGUCCACCGAGAAGGAGGAGGCAUACUUCAGCCACCUCGCCGUGCUGGAGGAGCUGAGGAAGCAUCAGGCGGACGACCUGGACUGGUAUCACCAGGAGCUGGACCAGCUGAAGCUGCAGUGCGAGGAGAAGCUGACCAAGGUGGACAAGGCGUGGCGAGACUUCCAGGCGCUCAAGAAGCAGGUGAUGCUGCAGGCCAUGGGCAGCUGUCGGAUGAGGGGCGGUCGCCAGGCCGCUCUGCGAGAAGUAGAGCAGAUCCAGGCGCUGGAGGACAAGAAGCAGAAGGAGAUGAGUGCCGUGAGGCUGGAGAACGUGCAGCUGAGGCAGGGCCUGGUGCAUUUCGAUACCAGGAUGAGUGCCCAGGAGGACAUGGCCGGGGGCCUGCUGCUCAUCGACUUUGAACAGCUUAAGAUUGAGAACCAGACCUUCAAUGAGAAAGUUGAGGAGCGAAAUGAGGAGCUUUUGAAACUGCGCAAGAAGGUGAACAACAACGUGCAAAUAAUUACCCACGUGAAAGAAAAGCUCCACUUUAUGGAACUAGAAAAUGCAGGCAGAAAGUCACAGCUUUUGGACAUUGAGACUCAGGUGGCCCUAAAGAGGGACAUCCUGACCAAGACUAAGCAAGCCAGAGACAGCCUGCGGGUUGACAACAUCAAGCUGAAUCUGAAGAGUGGCCUUCUGGGCAAGGAGUCUCUCCUUCGGGACCUGGAAGAGAAGGUGGGCAAGACGGAAGGGCUCCGGCAGCGCUUAGAGUCCCUGAAGCACCACCACGCUGGCCUUACCCUGUCCUGCCGAGGAGUGAGGCAGAAGAUCCGGGAAGCUAGAGCCUUUCUGCCCCGUUGACAUGGCUGAUGAGAAGAGGCGGCAGAACGGCUCCUCUCAGCACGUUAUCCUCCAUCAACUUAUUCUCCAUUUGUUGCCACUCUUUAAAAGGCCUGUGAUAUUUAGGAUGGAACUACAUUUUGUAUCGCAUAAUUUUUCAGCUUCCAAAAUUGGGUUAGCGGUCAGUUUUAUAGGGGUUAAGUAAAACAGGUCCAGAGACACAAACAGCAGUAUACCUGACUUCUCCUAAAAAGCUGCUGAAAGCCUUUUUGUAUCUGAGCAAUUCCAUAAUUUCAAUGGCCUGAUACUGAGAACUGAUCCUCUGCCGUAUGUGGGAAGGUUCAGCCAAUGGGCAGGACACCCCAAAAUUCCUGUGCAUUAAGCUAAUUAUUAAAUCCCUUUGGAUUUAUUAAGCUGUGUAGUGUCAAGUCAGUCUCAAUUCAAAGCUCACUAAUUCCCUUAGAUUAACCCAAAGUGUUUCCUUUGAAGCCAAUAAAGGUUCAUUAAAAUCCCUGGCUACAUUCCACAGCUUGAAUAUACUUUUUAAAAUAAUAAUAUACUUAUCCAGCCACACACACGUAACAAUGAAGGGAGUAAAAUCUUUGACUUCUUACUUCCAUUCUCCUUAUCCUCUACAAUUUUUGUUUUCUCUCGACCCGUUCAUCAAAGCCAAAGUUAAGUAGUAAAUCACUGGCGAACAGAAUGUUUGCUGUGUGCCUCCAGCGAAAAGCAGCACUGGGUUCUUCUGUGGUUGGGGAGGCUUCAGAGUGAAACUGGCAACAUGCUUGGUGCCUUCACCAAGCAAGCGGCUUUCAUUAUGAGUGUCCAUCCCUUUGGUUCACUAGAGGGAGAACGGGUAUCAUCAGCUGAUUUUGACCCAUUGGCAAGUAUCUAGGGUUGUGGGGACAGGAGUGCAGUUUCCAGGCUGUCGGCCUCACGUGGAAAGGUGCUGCUGGCUCAGGUAGUAAAUGGCCAUCAACUGUGAUUGGAUGGCCAUCAGCUGUGGCUCAUUGGCCGUC